AUGUUCAAACUCACACCAUCCAUAAAUUCAUAAAGAUCUACGCCAAAAUCAAUAAGAAGAUUGAGCUCAAUUAAUCAUUCUAAAGGAGAUAUACUUAUGAAUGAGUAUUUUAACUUACCAAUGAUAUCAACGAAAAGUACAAUUGGAAAUAAUAAAAAUAAUGGAUUUAAACCUAAUACAAUCUCAGUAAUAGAAGACUUGAAUAGAAAUAAUCAUUAAUAUUCUUAAAAGAACCCCAACAUUCCAUUAAAAUAGUUAUUGGGCUUAACAGAAAAAGAUUAAGAGUGUUAAACCUAAGACCUUCUUGAAAAGUAUUAUUAGAAUAAGAAAAUUGUUUAAGAAAGGAACUUAGAAAAAAGAAAAUAAAACAGAAUAUAAAUAGAAGAGAAAAGUAGUAAAUAAAGAUGUUAUAGCCUCUACUAAACUAAUGUACAAAAUUUCGACAAUUCAACUGAGAGCUUAAAACACUCUUUAAGAAGGUAUACAAAGAUAGAAGAGGAUAAAUAUAAUUCGAUUAGCUUAAAUUAGUCAACAAUAAUAAACCAUUUUCCACUAUAUUAAGAUUAGGUGAUCUUUAAUCAUUAGAUUAAAGAAAAUGAGAGAUUAAGAAGCAGUACAAACAAUUCCCGUAGAAAACUGAAAGCAGUGUUUCUAUUCGUAUUUUCAUCUAUGGUGAUUUCAAAAAACUAUAGUUUACGAAAAAAAGAGGAAAAAAAAACAAUAACUCUAUUAAAUAAAAAGCUUUAGAGUUGUUAGAAGGUUAUAAAUUCAAAUGGCAUAAAAUCCAUAGAAGCAUAAUAAUAAUAGUUCGUUUAAAUUAUUUCAAAUAAGGUCGUUCACUACUUAAAAAGUUAAACAUAUAUUGAUGAAUGUAAUUCCAUUGAUGAAAUUUCUAACCCAAUUUAGAAUAAGGAUUGGAAAAAACUUAGAGUUCAAUGCUUUUCUAGAUUGAUUUAUUAAAAUUUGGAAUUGCUGACUAGAGAGUGCAAUAUUCCAGAACUUAUAAAAUGCUAAUUAAUUGCUAGUCUUUUUAAAACCUCAAAAUAAGAAACAUCAUAUUUUGUAGGAGAGAGAUGUCAUUUUUAUUAAGCAAAUAAAAUUCAUAUUGAAAGGGAAUAAAAAUUGGCAAUAGCAACAGAAUUCUUGCUCUUUUAGAUAAUAAUUCCAAACUUAUUAUAAAUAGUGAAUAAUUUACCUACUUAUAAUUAGAAAUAUAAAAUUUAAACUUAAUAAAUAAUAGUAAUAAUUGCAAGUUUGUUGCAUAAAUAAUUUGUGAAUAGAUUUUAAAAUAUGAGAAAAUUGAAAAAUCCUAAUGGCAAUAUGGUCUAUAAAAAAUUGUCAAUAUAAUAUUAAAAAGAUGGUUUAUUUUGUAAUGAAAUAAACAUUUAAUAAAACACUGGUGAUAAUAAUGAAGUAUUAGAAGGAUUAUUAUAAAACGAAAAACUUGAAUAACUAGAAGGGUUAAAACCAAUAUGGAAAGAAUAAUUGGAUACACUAUUUGAAAAGAUCCUUUAAAAUGUAGAGACUUUAAUAAACUUUUGA